AGAGUAUAGACUAUAGACUGGACUAAGCCGGGAGCCCCUAAUUACUUUUUGUUUACUAAUUAGUAAUAGCAAUUCACAACUAUAUCCAAUUUUGUAUUAUUUAGAUAUUGUCGAACUUUUAUAAAUUAUUUUAGCUUAAAUUUCUUAAAACGCAUGGAACAAGCAUAGCUCUUUUGCCUAUAAAUAUAUAAAAAUGAAUGUUUCAAAUCGAAGACAAAAUCGGGCAUUAAAUUGUCCCCAAGGUGAAGUUAUUGUUCAAGAUCCAUCAAUAUCUUCUACUAUGAAGAAUCCAGCUCACAUUAUUAAAAAGGAUAGCAUUGGAUUGCUUUACCCUGUUCAAAACCCACAAACUGCAGUCAACAAUAACAGUUUGUCAACAUCAAAAGCUGUGAUAAUAGUAGCAAUUAUCUUUUUGUCUUCAGUUUUGGCUUUGGGAUUUCUUUAUAAACAAUUUCCUGAUUUGGAAGAUCAAGAAAGACAACAUUUGAAAUUACCAUGGGAUCUUGAUGACGCAAAACACCUUGGUCUUGUUUUAGAUAGAUAUAAAGAAAAGUAUUUUUAUGAAGUAUUACUAGGAGUGUUUUUGGUCUAUAUAUUUUUGCAAACAUUUGCAAUCCCAGGCUCUUUAUUCCUCAGUAUACUUUCAGGAUUUCUGUUUCCAUUUUAUUUUGCCCUAAUAUUAGUAUGUUGUUGUUCUGCUAUUGGAGCAAGCCUGUGUUUCUUCUUAUCAAACAUACUAGGCAAAAGAGUUGUGAAAAUGUUUUUUCCUGAAAAAGCGGCACAGUGGUCAAUUGCUGUUGAAAAGCACAAACACAAUUUGCUCAAUUACAUGAUAUUUUUGAGGGUCACACCAUUUUUACCUAACUGGUUUAUUAACUUGACUGCACCAGUCAUUGGAGUUCCAUUGGUGCCUUUUGCUUUGGGAACUUUUAUAGGUGUCGCCCCACCAUCGUUUGUUGCCAUACAAGCUGGUCAGACAUUGCACACUCUGACAUCAACCAGUGAUGCAUGGUCAUGGACUUCGAUGACAGUACUAGCUCUGUUUGCCAUAAUCUCUUUAGUACCUGUUUUACUCAAACAAAAACUUAAGAAGAAGUUUGAAUAACUAUUUUUAUUUGUAGUUAAUUUAUUUUAGAUGAAUUGAUAGUAUGAUUAAAUGUACAUUCCGAGAGAAUGAUUAUUUA